UAACAACAUGACAGAGUUCUGGAAGCAGCACUCCAAGGAUGCCACAGUGGAGGAGAUGAUGCUGGACUCGAACGCCAUGAAGUUGACUCAGGAAGAACUUCCGGAGGUCAUGUCCUUGCUGCCCUGCCUGACUGGGUGCAGAGUGCUGGAACUGGGAGCUGGGAUCGGUCGUUACACCACCCACCUGCUCGCCAAAGCCGAACAUGUGACGGCCGUGGAUUUCGUGGAAAGGUUUGUGGAGAAGAACAAGCUGACAAAUGGUCACCACACCAAUGUUACCUUCAUCCAUGCUGAUGUUACAAAACUGGAUGUUCCACCAAACAGUAUUGACUUUAUCUUCUCCAACUGGCUGCUGAUGUAUCUGAGUGAGGAUGAGCUGAAACACUUCACAGAAAAGAUGCUGCACUGGCUGCAGCCUGGAGGAUUCCUUUUCUUCAGGGAAUCCUGUCAACACCGUGGAGGUGAUUUUCAGAGGAACUUUAACCCCACCUACUACCGCGCUCAGGAAGAAUACGACCAUCUGAUGGCUACAGUACAGGUGGAUGAGGGGGAACAAAAGUUUGGUUUCGAUCUUGUUCUGAAAAAGAAUAUUAAGACAUACAUUAAGAUGAAAAAUAAUGCUAAUCAAAUGUGCUGGCUGAUGGAGAAGGUCCCGCGCAGUUCAACCACAAAGAAUGGUUUCAGCACCUUCCAGCAAUUCCUGGACAAACAACAGUACAGUCGCCGAGGCAUCCUGUGCUAUGAGAAGAUGUUUGGGACUGGCUAUGUCAGCACAGGUGGACCCAGCACGACCAAAGAGUUUGUGGGCUUGCUGAACCUGAAACCUGGUCAAAAAGUUUUGGAUGUUGGCUGUGGCAUUGGUGGAGGAGACUUCUACAUGGCAAAGACUUUUGGAGUAGAAGUUUAUGGAAUUGACUUGUCAGAAAACAUGGUGACCAUCGCUGUGGAGAGGGCGAACGUGGAGAAGUUGCCACUGGUCCAAUUUGAGGUUGCUGAUGUUACUAAGAGGACAUUCCCAGAAGGUUCCUUUGACGUGAUCUACAGCAGAGACACCAUCCUCCACAUAGAUGACAAACUGGCCAUCUUCAGGCACUUCCAUUCAUGGUUAAAACCAGGAGGCCAAUUGUUGAUCACUGAUUACUGCUGUGGAGAGAUGCCGUGGACGCCUCUCGAGGCCUAUGUCAAACAGAGAGAAUAUAUCCUUUAUACACCAUCCCAUUAUGGCAAGUUAAUUGAGAAAGCUGGUUUCUCCAGCGUGAAAGUCGAGGACCGAACAGAACAGUUCAUACAGGUGAUUAAAGCAGAGCUGCAGAGAGCAAAGGACAUGAAGGACGAAUUCAUAGAGGAGCUCUCUGAAGGUGACUAUCUUGCACUCAUAAAUGGAUGGCAUGAAAAACUAGAACGUUCUAAGAGUGGAGACCAGCGAUGGGGACUCUUCCAUGCAACAAGAGACUGAGAAACUGCACAAAGCCCACGGAGAAAAGAAAGAAAUGUUCCUCUGCUUAUUGAACAGAAA